AUGACCACAUUGAUGCUAGCAGCAGCAGCAGCAGAAGCAGUAGACAGUAGUAGUGGUAGCAGUUAUAGAGGAAUGCCGUUUUCUAAUUAUUACUUUUCGCAUAUUUCAGUCAUGUACAAACGUUUCACCAAGGAACUAAUCGAUGACAUUGAAGUUGACAUGGAGUCAGAAGAGGUCAAGGAGAUAUGUGAAGCAGUAACCCUACUGAUCACUAAACUCCUUAACCAUGUCGAGGAGAGCAUGCCUUUUCUUAAGUCCAGUGAUGUUUUGAGAUGUGGUAGCAUGGCUGAGGGUACUAGGAUCUGGAAAUUCACCGAUGACAAUGAAAAAACUGUUUUGGAGUUUGAUUUUCUGUCAGUUUUAGAAAAAACUGGUGCUAAUGAUUUUGCUGCAGACAACUCGUGUCACGGAUUCAUGAACAUAACACAAGAAACGGCCAUUUUUCCUAACAACUACCAAAACUUAUCCCAUGAAGUUGGGGCAGUUGGAAGGCUAAAUGCAAACAUGGUUUCAUUCAUGUUUAAAACAGAACUGAUGAAAGCUGUAGGAAAGCUUUGCUCAUGUUUAAAGUGUGAUAUAGGUGUUUUGCCAACUGGUGACUACAUUUUUGGAAAUAUAACUGAAACCUCCGAAUAUUCAGAAGAGUGCAGUGAAUGUCAAAUUCACCUUAAAACGGGCACUUUGGCCAUUGCCACGGGUGGGAACUUUCAUCCAUUACAGUGGGGAUCGUCAAUGGUCUUCUCGUGGAAAAGAAAGGUUCUCGAUGGGAUGAAGUAUCCUUGUGAAAAGUCUCGACAAAAGCCAAAGAUCGACAAUGACAUUAUCAUAUUAGUAGAUUUUUUGCCAGCCAUUGAAGUCACAAAGCAAGGAGUAUCUCCCAAGGAACACCUUUGUUAUCUCGUACCAAAAAUCUGUAAACAUGAGCAUAACACUUGCUGGAAAAUCUCCCACUGUAGGAAGGAGGUAGGCGAGCUCGUAAGUACCAACCACUUGCAUCGCCAAUGCUACAUGGUCUUGAAGUUCAUCCAGGAUUACAUCGAUUGCGAACUUAAAGGAAUCCCUGAGAGCCCUAAGACCUACAUGAUCAAGUCAGCGGUUAUCUUUCACAUUCAAUCAUGUAAGAAGGAAGACUCCUCUAUAGAGUCUUGCUUGUUGGAAAUCAUCGAUUUUCUCACUGAUGCAUUUGAGAAUGAAUUUCUCCCGCACUUGGUUCUCGGGUUCAACUUACUAGACAAGUAUCAGGACCCCGCCCUUCCACCAGAAGACCAGCUGUGGACUGGGAAUAGAAACACAGUCAUGAGCAAAUGCUGGGGCUUCUUGGGUCACGUGUUCAGAAACCUUGACUCGAUCGUUGCUGUGGGCUUCGAUUUUGACACGAUUCAGACAAUUUUAAAGUUUAUAACACUGGAGUAUGGGGUUUGUUGGGGGAAAACAGACUUCAGAGAUUUGUAUCUCCCAGAAGAGAGCUAUUUCUUAGAACUGCUGAAAAAAAUUGGUAGAGGUGAUUUUCCAUCUAAAAGCGAAGUGAAAAGCGUAAGACAAAAAAAGGACAAGUACCAGAAGGAGAGAUAUCAAGGAAGGAACCGUUCUCUUCAUUAUAUGUGUAUGUUACGAUGCCGCAAGGUCCGACAAGAUUUGCUC